GUCAUGAACUUCUUUAUGAAAAUCGAGUAUGAAUGGUUGAGGGCUUAUCGCAUAGCAAAGAUGGUUAGACAGACCUUCUAGAAUCUCUUGAAACAUCCAAAUUAUUCUGAGACACCCCAAAUUAUUCUGAGACACCCCAAAUUCUUCCAAAGUCCACUCGCAGGCCUAACUUUACUGCCCCAAUGGAUUCCCACCCUUCGCACCUAAACCCAACCACCACCACUGCCGCCAGAUCUCGCUCCUCCCAUUCUCACUCCCAAUCCCAAUCUCCUUCCCACUCUUCCGCCUCAGUCUCUGCCGCAACUUCUUCUCUCCGCCACCAUUCCCACCACAACAAGCGGAAACUUCCUCCUCCCCCUGCAACCACCACCAUUGAUGCUCCUCCUUCUUCCAUAAUUUCCGCCGAAACUAACGACGAUGUAGACAGUAUCUCCGCCGCUACUCCCGCUGAUAACUCCUCCGACGACGCCGCUGGUGCUACUCCUGCAGACAAUGACGAUGACGAUGAUGACGAUAAUGAUAAUUUUCCUCCGUCUAAUUCCUCAUCUAUUCGUACUUUUACUGCUGCGCGACUUGAUGCUGCGCCAAGGAGUUCGAAACUUAGUAAGGUCGAUGCCAGUGCGGUGAAAGUUGAGGUUAUGGAUACUGUUAAAGAUGGCGCUAAUUCUGGUGGUGGUAGUACUCCUUUUGGUAAUAGUGGUGCAGUGGUGAAGGAAGAUCCUGUGAAGAAUUCUACUGAGAAUAUUCAAACUAGUGGUGCUUACAGUGCUCGUGAAGAAGGCUUGAAGCGCGAGGAGGAAAGUGGAAAACUGAAAUUUCCAUGUCAUUGGAAUGACGGAGUUGAUGAGCAUAUGGUUUGGUUGAUAGGGUUGAAAAAUAUAUUUGCCAGGCAACUUCCUAAUAUGCCAAAGGAAUAUAUAGUUCGUCUUGUGAUGGAUAGAAACCAUAAAUCUGUGAUGGUUGUAAGACGUAACACUAGUGUUGUUGGUGGUAUCACUUAUCGUCCAUACAAGAGCCAAAAAUUUGGCGAGAUAGCCUUCUGUGCUAUUACUGCUGAUGAACAAGUAAAAGGCUAUGGCACUAGGCUGAUGAAUCAUCUAAAACAGCAUGCACGUGAUGUUGAUGGAUUAACUCAUUUUCUAACAUAUGCAGACAAUAAUGCUGUUGGUUAUUUUAUCAAACAGGGUUUUACUAAAGAGAUCACCUUGGAGAAGGACAUAUGGCAUGGGUAUAUUAAAGACUAUGAUGGAGGAAUUCUUAUGGAAUGCAAAAUCGAUCCAAAGCUUCCGUACACGGAUUUAUCAACUAUGAUCCGCUGUCAAAGGAAGGCCAUUGAUGGAAAAAUCAGAGAGCUCUCAAAUUGUCAUACUGUCUAUACUGGUAUUGUUUUUGAGAAGAAGGAGGCUGGUAUCCCCAGAAGGGUCAUCAAAGUUGAGGAUAUUCCAGGAUUGAGAGAUGCUGGGUGGACAGCGGAUCAGUAUGGUCAUUCAAAGUAUAAGCAGUUAAUUGCACAAGGAGAUAGUGCUUCGUAUCAGAAAGCUCUGACUGCCUUCAUGCGCUCACUCUUGAAGUCUAUGCAAGAGCACCCUGAUGCUUGGCCAUUUAAGGAACCAGUCGAUGCUCGUGACGUGCCUGAUUACUAUGAAAUCAUCAAGAAUCCCAUUGAUUUGAGAACAAUGUCAAAGAGGGUAGAUUCAGAGGUGUAUUAUGUGACAUUUGAGAUGUUUGUUGCUGAUGCUCGAAGAAUGUUUGAAAAUGCACGAACCUACAAUUCUCCGGAGACAAUAUAUUACAAGUGUGCAACCAGGUUGGAGUCACAUUUCAUAAGUAAAGCAAAUUCUCAGGCUGGAGUACCAUUUCUCAAGUAAAGUUUUAGUUUUGGCAGCUCUGCUAUUCGCAACAUUAUUGGGUGUAUGUAUAUAUGCGAGUCUGUAACAUAUACACUAGUUGGGAGGCUUAGGUUACUUCUUGAUGACACUUUUACUGGUGGAUAAUUCAAUACGUUAUGAUUUGUGAAUUGUAAUAUUACAAUGAGUAACGAAUUUAUUUAGAGGUAGGUGGUUAAUGUUUCACCAAACAUAUCAAUAAUCAUAGAAUCAAAUUCUUCAAUUACAUUUUUUUCUCU